AUGUCGUCCACCGCGGCUUUUUACCUCCUCUCCACCCUGGGAGGGUACUUGGUGACUUCAUUCUUGUUGCUCAAAUACCCGACCUUGCUGCACCAGAGAAAGAAGCAACGAUUCCUCAGUAAACACAUCUCUCACCGCGGAGGUGCUGGAGAAAAUUUGGAGAAUACAAUGGCAGCCUUUCAACACGCAGUUACAAUUGGAACUGAUAUGUUGGAAUUGGAUUGCCAUAUCACAAAAGAUGAGCAAGUUGUAGUGUCACAUGAUGAGAACCUAAAGAGAUCAACAGGGGUCAAUGUAAACAUCUCUGAUCUCAAGUACUGUGAACUCCCACCUUACCUUGGCAAACUGGAUGUCUCGUUUCAAAAAGCAUGCCAAUGUGAAGGAAAAGAUAACCGAAUUCCAUUACUGAAGGAAGUUUUUGAGGCCUUUCCUAACACUCCCAUUAACAUCGAUAUCAAAGUCAACAACAAUUUGCUGAUUAAGAAGGUUUCAGAAUUGGUCAAGCAGUACAGACGAGAACAUAUAACAGUGUGGGGUAAUGCCAGUUAUGAAAUUGUAGAAAAGUGCUACAAAGAGAAUUCGGAAAUUCCUAUACUCUUCAGUUUACAACGUGUUCUGCUCAUUCUUGGCCUGUUCUUCACUGGCCUCUUGCCCUUUGUGCCCAUUCGAGAACAGUUUUUUGAAAUCCCAAUGCCUUCUAUCAUAUUAAAGCUGAAAGAACCACACACCAUGUCCAGAAGUCAGAAGUUUCUCAUCUGGCUUUCUGAUAUUUUACUAAUGAGAAAAGCUUUGUUUGACCACCUCACUGCCCGAGGCAUUCAGGUGUACAUUUGGGUAUUAAAUGAAGAGCAGGAAUACAAAAGAGCCUUUGAUUUGGGAGCAACUGGGGUGAUGACAGACUAUCCAACAAAGCUUAAGGAUUUUUUACAUAAUUUUUCAGAAUAG